CACACACGCUGAGUCAGUCACAAAGUCUUAGAGAGAAACCUAAUAGCUGACAUUCAUCGUCACACUGUGCUUCAUGGUUUCUCACCUGGGAUCCAUCUGCAGCCUCGGCUGUUUGGCUGAAAGUGUGGACAUGAGCAUGACGAGCCCUCUCAACCUCAGCAGUCUGGGCCGGAUCUGCGGCUCCAGUCACAGCAAGGAAACGGUCAUUUUGGACCGGGUCAAGAGGAAGAACUCUGUCAGGCGCAUGUCAAUCAUUGAAGACGGUGAAAUUGCAGAAGUUCUCUAUCUCAUACCUAAACAAUCCAUGAUGGAGCAGCUGCCUUUCCUCAACCCCGACGACUACAUCCUGUGUGAAAAGAUGGCUGCUAUUCCUGCAGAGCUGUCAGUGCUGCCUGCUCUGGACGGCUGCUACCCAAGACCUUUAGGACCAAAGCAGGCCAUCCUGUGCUUCAGAUGUGGGGAACAAUGCAAAGGAGCUGUGGUUCAGGUCCACAACACUCACUUACACAUGAAGUGCUUUAACUGCAAGGUGUGUGGCUGUGACUUGGCUCAGAGUGGCUUCUUCAUGAAGAACAGUGACUAUCUCUGUCCAGUGGACUUCCAAAGACUUCAUGGCACGCUCUGCAACAGUUGUGGUGACUCAGUAGAGGGGGAGGUGGUCACGGUCUUGGGGAAGACCUAUCAUCCGGCCUGCUUUGUGUGCAGUAUUUGCAAGCAGCCAUUUCCAAUGGGGGACUGUGUGACCUUUAAUGGAAAAGACUGUCUCUGUCAUCGCUGUAUUCACCCUGGGUCCUCUGCUCCUAAUGACAUCAACUAUUCUGACUGCACUGGCUGUGGGAGAGACAUCAAAAAUGGUCAGGCUCUGUUAGCCCUGGGUGGACAGUGGCACCUCGGCUGCUUCAAGUGCAAAACCUGCAGGAAAGUGCUGAGUGGAGAAUACAUCAGCAAAGAUGGUUCUCCCUACUGUGAGAGAGACUACCACAGUCAGUUUGGAGUGAGGUGUGUGGCAUGUCACAAAUUCAUUACAGGAAAAGUCCUUGAGGCAGGGAAUAAACAUUACCACCCAGGUUGUGCAAAAUGCAGCCUGUGUGACAACAUGUUCACAGAAGGAGAGGAAAUGUUUCUACAAGGGUCAACAGUUUGGCACCCGCACUGCAGAGACAACAGCAGAACUGAGGACGGUUACAAGGCAGGUCAACUUAAAGGGAUAGUGCAUGUUUUUUAAAGUAUGAUUGUAUGAGGUACACUCGCCUGAGACGUGAAGGCUGGCUCUUAAUUAAAACAAGGCUGCUAAUGGGGACACAAGUAAAAACAGAUUUGAAUCACUCAACGAAAGAAAUAUGUCUUAAGAAUAGUUUGCUGCUUUAUCUCAAUGGUCCCACGUAGAAACUAAAGUUUGUUUUGCUGUAUAAACCACACAUUGCUCCAUAAAUUCCAAUGAAAUCUUUAGUUUAGUUUUACUUUUACUGAUGCAUUCUUACCAAACAAGGAAGCAGCACAAGAUACAAGACAUAGGGUUCACUGUCAUAUGCACAAUUAGCCAUCAAUAAAUAAAGAUGUGUAGUAGGAGUCUGGAAAAGGUCACAAUAGAGCUCCCAAAGUUUGCACUCAGCACCAGGUUAGCUGGAAAAACAUUCAGUUCACUGUGACUUCCAAAGAGAAUCCACAGAGACCAAGCACAAAAAUCACAUUUUAUGUAUUCAUUUAUUCAUUUCGAACAUGUAAUUUGUACAAAAAACAAAGAAAAAAGAACAUAUUUCAUGUUUGAAGGUAAAAAUAACAGCUGUAAGCAGACAACAGCUGCAGGCCAACCUGUUUCAUGGUUUUAUACCCAAAGUUAACUAAAUGUUAUUCUAUAACGAAAAAAAGAAAGAAUUGACUUCAUACAAAGCCAGAACUUCCCAGCGUCUGCGUCAGACUCCUGUAGAAACAUGACGUGUCGAGAUUGUGGAGGACUUUGCUUAGCAGCCUGUGACUAUAUUAUUAUAAAUGGCUUAUCUAAGGCUAUGAAAAUUAUACAGUUAUUAUUAUACAGCAAUUUUACAACACCGGUGACAUUUGUAAGGAUAGUCAAUUAGAUUUUUGCUAAUAUAGCUCCAGAAAUACUACAAACUAACUUUCACCAGGACUGACUGUUGACUGUAGGAAAAUCAUCCUUAAAUUGUUUAGUGGGGAUGGAUCUAACGGACGAGUUGAUGGUCUGGAUGAUGUUAGCUUAGAGGGCUCUAUGGGGGAGGAAGAGUCUAAAAUAGAGGUCUCAAACGUGGGCCCCCCAAUCAAUUUCAUGCAACCCACGACUUAAUAUCAAGGUAAAAUGACUUAUUUCUGUAUUAUUUUUGUGAUUUAUACAUUCAUUAAUUGACAACUGUAUAUGUUGUUCCAUAAUAAAAAAAACAGCAACACUAUUUUGAAAUUCAUUGAAAAAUCAUCGUUAUUGUGACAUCAUGAUGGAAGACCUUGCCCACUCCGACAGUACCGCUGGACUUGUUUCACUUGAGCAGACCAGAUGCUCAUUGGCCCCUGGGUCAUUUGAGUUUGAGAGCCCUGGUCUAAAUGCAUACCUGGUGUUUCAGUGGCUUCUACAGUGAAUCCGUAACACUACCAAGGAGGAGGUGGUUUAUUUUGCUAUAUAGAAUGUCAUCUUAGAGCUUUGUUACGAUCCCAACGACUGCUUUUUCCUUUAGUGU